CGGCCAAGUUACUGGAUGCGCCGGAUAUACUUUGCAACAGCUUGACAUGAAAUUUGUAACUUUACGUUAUGGCUCAAAAGGAUGACCAGUGGAUCCGUCUUUUUAAUGUGUCGGACCCCAGAAGAGCUUACGCCGGUCACACUUUGUACAAAGUCACUUCCAAGGUAUCUGAAUGUAUCUUGUCGGUAAACGCUCUCUUCAGCUAUUCCUUUCAAUUUAGAUCGUAUUUUCAUCAGUUCGUUGAAAAGCAAAUGUUUUACUUUUGUCCUUUAUAUGCAUAGCUGAGAAAGUAACUUUUAUCUCAUUUUGAUUGCCGUUUACUUAAAUGUAUGGGGAAAUUUAAGCUUGGAAUGAUUAUGCCUGAUGUGAUAAUUAACCCGUUGUCGAUUCGAUCGUUACAUACGAUCGAUGUUAACAUUGAUGUUUCUCCUGUGUAAGAUGCAAUACCCCUAUUUCUACAUUCAUAUUCCCCAUUUAUCACUUUCGAUCUGCAAUUUUACAAAAAAAUUUCUGAUAAUGUUUGUCGAUACGUUGUAACAUUCAAGACUACAUGCAGUGUAUACUGCUGUUUACCUGUCAUGGUUUUCCUCAGCUGAUUCAAGGUUGUCUUUAGAGGCUGGUUAGGCUUGCUUCUUAUUAUUGGGUAUUAAUGUUUUUCAUUUAUUUUCCAUUUGUAAGGUUUUUCAAAAGGAUUUUCCUGAAGGAGCGACAGAGGUUUGUUCAUUCUAAGUGCAUGCUGUGAAAAGCCAGUCUACUAAAAAAUGUUUAUAAUGAUCAUAUUAAUUGAAAUAUUUUCUCAAAAUAUAAUUUCAAUGUUCCAAGGUUAAGCUAGGUUAAAUUUCUGAUGUUUUCGUGGAUAAGGCUCAUUUCCUGAGCAGCAGCUGGUAAUCAAAUAGUAGAUUAAGCUAAAUAAGUGAUAAUUUUAUCAAAAACUUUAGGAAAUUACUUUUUCUGGAAGAAGCCUUCUAGUUGUAAAUAGGUAGACAAAGAGUGACCUAUUUUAAAUGUUUUGAAAAACCUCUCAAAUCUAACAGGAGGCAGAUUAGUUAAUCAUUUGUGGAGUGUAGUCGGGGAACCUAGAACAAAGCUAGCUUGUGGUAGAUUAUGAGGAAUUGAUCCACUGCAUCACUUGAGCAAGGACCACUGAAUCACAAAAUUCCUAUGCUAUAACCAGGUGGCCACACUGUUUUUUGUGUAUUCUAUCAUCAAUAUAAAAUUGUUUUUUUUUUCUUUGGUAAUACAGAUCUCUGUUUGGAGACGAUUCAGUGACUUCAAGAAACUCCACAGAGAGCUUUUAAAGAUUUACAGCCAGAAACAUGCACAAGACAAGUUUCCUCCUUUUCCUAAGGCCACAUUCUUUGGUAGGUUAACUCUUUAACUCCCGUGAGUGACCAGGACAGAAUUUCUCCUCACUAUGUCAAUAUUACAUCAAGCAUAUGAGUGAUGAGAAAAAAGAAGAAUUUCAAUAGGGGGAUCAUUUGUUGAUCCAGUACCAAAUUCUCAAAACUGAUGUCAUACGAACUGUAUGGCAAACAGUAAAGCUAAUGAGAUUUUGGGAGUGAAAGGGCUAUCUCAUUUAUUCCUAGCAUCACAAUCAAAGUACCAAAACAUAUUUUUGAAGGCUGUUCUUGAUGCAUCUACAGACUGAAGAAAAAUGUGUCAAAUCUUUUUGCAUAUUUCAAUUUGUUUUUGGACAUAGAUUUAAUCAUAGCUGUCAUACAAUAAAAUUAACAACCAAAAAGGACAGCUAUGAGAGAGAAGAUUAUCCAGAUACAGGUUCUGUUACAUGCCUCAUCAAUCUUUUGGCUCCUAGAAGUGACCAGUACAUAGAUUCUCAGUAAUUUGCUUGACACAGUGUUAUGCUUGCUUACACAUGUAAUUAAAAUGAAGAAAGAAAAUUGUUAAUCAGGGGGAAUGGUCAUGGAAGGACAUCAAUUUCUUAGCAAAGAAAUGUAAGGUUAUUGUUUUGGCAAGGAGAAUUAACUUUUGGGAGUUAAACCUUUAAUUCUCAGAAGUGAUUAACAUGAAAUUUCUCCCUAUAAUAACCAUACAUUAUUAAGCAAACAGGUAAUGAGAAUAUUCAAACUAAUCAGGUGGAAGUUGUUAUCUUGAUCUGACACCAAAUUCUUGUAACUAAUUUACAAGGAGAUGUGUUGCAGCUAAAGGGGAAAAUUAACUAUCAGAUCUUGGGACUUAAAGGGUCAGAGGGUCCAAAGAAGGUAGAUAAGGUUAAUGGUAUUUUCUGGCUGUGCAUGCUGUUAACACUAAUAAUGAGCAGUGUUGUCUUAGGUAGAGUGUCCCUUACAAUCUAUGGUCCACGAAUUUCAUGUUCUAAAAACUUUCAAACCAGUUAUGUCAAUGGGCGUGAAUAUAGAAGCAACUGAAUUCAGUAAAUACAUUAUACUGUAGGUCGUUUUGAUGAUGCAGUUAUUGAGGAAAGAAGGAAAGCUUCCUUAGAACUUUUGACAUUUGCUGGAAGUAUUCCUGAUCUCUUUACAAGCCAAACAUUUGUGAAGUUCUUUGAGGUAUGUGAUCAUAAAUUUUGUUAACAUGAAUUUUUCUUAAUAUUACUUUAAAUUUGUGGCAAUUCUAUGAAUACUUCUGUUAACCCCUAAGAAUGACUGGCUUCUAAUUUCUCCUAACAGUGUCACUCCUGAAUAAAAUGUUAAGGUCAUGAGAAUAAAGAAAAUGAUCACCAACUUUUAGGAGCUCCUGAAUAUCAAACAAAAUUCAGGUUGUCAUUCCCCUAACAAAUGCCAAGUGGUCAGUGAGGAGAAUAUGAGUACUGAUGUAAAGGUGUAAAGGGUUAAUGAUACUAUCAUAGACUGGUUUCGCUUUUCGUCUUCAGAAAUUUAUCUUUACCAUGUAGAGAAAGUACUUAAUAAUUACUCAUUUGUCAAUGGAGAUUACUCCAGCCCGAAGGUUUUUUUUUUUCUUAAUUCCAUCUGUAUUUAUAUAUCUUAGGGGGCAUUCCCUGACAACCAAGUUCACAAUGAUUGUGUUGCAAGCAGAGAAAGUAGCUUAUCUGACACAGAAGGUGACAUUAUUAAGGACAGUUCCUCUACCGGAGACUCAGAAGAUACCAGUAGAUCUGGUAAUACGGUUCAAAACUCGCAAGGGGAUAAUUCUGAAGAGUCAUCCAUUCUUGGUGGAGUGUGGCUUCACAAGCAGCCAUCUCUGUCAGAGGGUCUAGACAUUCUUAGCUCAGAUGAAGAGGAAAUUGAUGGACAGACACCAGAUGGUGAUGCAAGCAUUGGAACGCCGCCUGCUCUUACUGAACAGUCAAGUGGGAAAGCUGAUCAGAAUGAAAGAGAGGAACAAGAUGAUGUUUUUACCCAUGAUAUCAAUGCAAGUUUAGAAGAAAAACUUGAAGAUGUGUCUAACAAACAUGAUCGUUCAAGUAGCACAGAGCCUCCUCGUUGGCUUGUGAGAGCAAUUUCCAUUUGUAGUGAGGGAGAGGAUCUUGAAAUUCUUGCUUCUGAAGCUGAUGAAGAAGAACUGAGUUUUCCUCAAGCUUUUUCUGACCACAGUCAUUGUGAGGUAGAGGAGCAGAGUACUGUCGAUGACGCAACAAGACAAGAGGAAGGAAAUCAAUGUACCGAUUCUCAAAAUGGUCCUCAUCUACAAGAAGUUUUAUCAGAUACCUCAAAGUCUUUAGACCAAGGUUCCAAAAGUAAUAACUUAAUGUCAAUUGUAUGUGAAACUGGAAUGAACUGCAAGACAGAAAUGAUUCGUGACAAGACAUCACAUUCAAUCAAUAAUGAUCCUCUAGAACCUUCUGAUUCUUCAUGUUCAACAAAGGAUUCAAAUUCAGCUAGUACUGUAGAUGACAGACAGUCAUUUAUAGGUGUCAAGAGAGAUACAGGAAACAACAAAAUAGUACGCCCAAGAACUGUUUCUGAUCUGACAAACAUCUGCAUUGAUCCUAAAGAAAGUGACUAUUUGUAUGCUGCUGGACACACUAUACACAAGGCACUAGACUGUGAAGUGAAUGGGAAUUAUGAAGAGGCAUUCAGCUUGUACAAGACUUGUGUUGGUGUAUUAUUGAGUGGUGUACAAGGUACUUUUAUUAUAAAUGAAGAUCACAAAAAAUUCAAUAACACAUAGAAUAAGUGGAAAGCCCCCCUUGUUAAAUCAAUAAACCCCUCACUCUCUCCUCCCUGCCACUUGAAAAGAAAACAGUAUUUGUUGUAAGUUUGUUGAAUGUUACUUUACUGGUGAUGUGUUUGAUUGUGAAUUUUUUUUUUUAACUUACAAUAGUUUGUGCUUAGAGAGUGAAAGAAAGUGAGAUUGCAAACAUUUUUGGCUAUUUUUCUUAAGGUGAAAAGGAUGUUAAAAGGCGAGAGGCAGUGAGGCGUAAGACUGCUCAGUACCUGUUGAAAGCAGAAGCUCUUUACAGCACAUACCUAGCUGGAAACGAUUCUUAUGAGAAAUCUGAGGUACAUGUAACUACUAAUUGGUUAACUUAAGAACUAUGUAGUUAUUGGAAGUGGAAUUUCAUAAUCUUCCACAUUUAGAAUCUAAGUCAUAAAUUUAAUUGCUAUAAAGUGUGCACUAAAUAACCUUCAACAGAUUAUACAGUACUGUUGUGUCAGUUUGUCUGCAAAGAAUCUAUUGAUGUUGUAUUGAAAAGUUUCAAGUUUCUCAGUUCGUUGAAGUAAUGGCUAAUAGAUGUGUAUCUUAGAGGCUUGGGUUCUCAGUAAAAUGUAUUUGAAUUUCAGUGAAUUACUUGUAAAUUCCUUUGCCUGGGAAAUGCUUCCCUCAACAAAUAGCUGGCAAAAUAUUUAUACACUGACAGGUUUCAAAUUUAAGUUUUCAGAUGAGAGUGUAGAGAAAUCCACUCUUAACCUGCAAGAAAAUAGGAUUUCUCUUCAUAGCAAAUGCAUAUCAAGGAGGGAUUGAAUUUAUCUUGUAGAAUUCUUCUCUAUCACAUUCUGGGGAUUUAAGUCAGUCUGAUGACCUUGAAAAAUUCAAGGACCUCACUCUCGCAGACUUUAAAGUUAUGGGAAUUGUUGGCAAGGUUAGUCAGGAUUGUAAAGCUGAGACUUUUUAUUGCAUUUUAGCUAACUGAUUACUAAUUUACAAGUUGCUCUGCAGAAAAUUACCUUUUUUAUCAUAUGACUAUCCCAUUAUCCCUUAUCAUCAAAAUGACUACCCUAUCUGUUCAGCUGAGGUGGUCAGUUGACUUAAUACAUAAUGAUUGUAACUUUGCACAGAGGUUUUUUUCAUCUUGCUCAUGUGGAUUUACAUGUAUAGGUGAUGCUUGUUGAGAACAAACAUACUGGGGAUACAUAUGUGGUCAAGGUAAGUUUUGGAACAUGGUGAUGAACAAGAAAUUGAAAUUAAAAUAUAAUUGUGGACAUAAAGUAUGUAACUGAGGCUUCAAGAGAACUAAUUUCAAUCCUUUUGCUUCCCCAAAGAAGUGCAUGUGGCAAUCUAAGUUAUUUUGAAUUAUUAUGUCAUUUUGUUGCACCAUUCCCAUUCAACUUGAGGUUGGUAGUUGUCUUACCUCCCUGAAGACUGUACUUUACCUAUUUAACUUGUAACUCUUAAACAAAAGAUCUACAGCUGUGGCACUGAUCAAUUGAGACCUUAUGACCUUAAAGCCUGAUUCACAGAUAGUAGUUUGGUAGUAAAAGAUGUGUUUGUCGUGUCACGAGCAUGGGACAAAGAAAAAAUUCUGAGUCCCCAUGAGGAAUCGAACUUCAGACCUUCAGAUUCUGUGCUCCAUUGCUCUACCACUGAGCUACAGAGACUCUAUGGCGAGCAAGGUCUGUUAUAUAACAUAUAACAUGCAUCCUGCAUAAUGCUAGGAUCAGCAGUGUCGAAAGCAUCAUGUUUGUAAAUAGAACAAGAGGGAUGGUAAGUUUUGAGCUCAGUAAAGAAAUAGCAAAAGAUGUUUUUCAUUGGGUACUUCCUCAAAAUUCCUUUGCACUGAGCAUUGUCUCAUACCAUCUGAGAACCAGACUGCAGCUGUAUAUAACCAUCAGUGAUAAAUCAUAAUUUUAUUUAGCAUUAGAUCUGCAAAAUGCAUCAUUCACUAUUAAUUGAUAAUUUUCUUGGGAAGGUAAAUUGUAAUUGCCUCCUUUUGCUUUUCAGCAUUUGUGAAAAUAUUUAUAUAUAAUUAAAUUUUUUAUCUGAGGUAAUUUUUUUUUUUAAAACUUUCAGGCACUGUGCAAGUCAGGACAAACAAGAUCAAACAACAAUCCUCAAGGAAGCGUGCGUAAGAGGAAGAAAUCUGUUCGGCGUCUUUAUGUAAGUAUUUAAAGUUCUGUUGUUACACCCUGAGAAGUGUAUUCCAUUUUGAGCAUAACCACUGUCUUUUCAUUUUUUAGGGCAAGUAUCCAAAUAUUGUGCAACUGUACAGGUACUUUGAGACAGCCACAGGCAUUUAUCUUUUACUAGAGUAUGCACGAGGAGGAAGAUUAUGGAAUCAUCUUUCCUGUUAUCAGCGCAACAAGGAGUCACAGGAUAACCUUAUACGAAGUGUCAACAGAAAGUUUACCAAUUUGAAGAAAUCUGCAGCUGAUGAACAUGUGACUUUGGACAUGGCAAAUGCUGCUCCUCUUUCUCAAAGUGAGGUGGCUCACUUGGAAAGAGAGGUCAUACCAAAUGAUAACAAAUUGGAGUAUAGAACUUCUAUUGAGAGUAAUUCCUCAUCUUUGCAAGACAGCAAGCAUUCUUCAAAAGUUACUCAAAAAGCUGUUGAAAUGUUAGAUACUACUGGAAAUGGAAAUGACCAUCACAUUUCAGAACCACACAGUUGUAACAAUGAGGAGCUCUUAGCAGAAAAUGAAGAUCUAAGGGAAAACAAAACCGCACAUGAUAAACAAUCACUUUUUGUGAAACUAGAUGAGUAUUUUGCUUCUUCAACUCAGAGUGUACCAGAUGAACACAAAAGAGUGUGGGCAGCAGAGCUUGUGUUAGCUGUUGCUUACUUGCACACAGCAGGGAUUAUUUGCAGGUACAGCUAUCAUGACUUAAACUCCUUAACCCUUCAACUCCCAAGAUCUGAUUGUUAAUUCUCCCCUCUAGCUGCUAAACAUUUCUUUGUAAAAUGGUUACCUGCAGGAAUUUAGUGUUAGAUCAGGAUCACUACUUCUAACUGAUAAGUUUGAGAAUUCUCGUUACCUGUUUUUGGGAUAAUGUAUGGAUAUUAUAGGGGGAAGUUACAUGUUAAUCACUCUUUGGAGUUAUGGUUAGAAGUGAAGUCUGUCUGGUUCAUGGUGCCCUUUUCUAGAGCAAGAUGCCUUACACUGAGAAUUGGGAUGGUCUCAACUCUUCCUGGGGAAAAAUUUUUAUAGACAGUAUUUUUGGUUAUUUCUUUCUUCCCUUUGUUUUGAAUGUACAAUGGUUCUCCUGUAUGGACUCAAUAUUAUUUAUUUUUAUUUUAAGGACAAGGGAGAUUGUUGGUUAUGGAUUCUGUUAAGGGACUAUACAACUAACAAACCUGGAACAAAGGGAGACAAAAAUAAAACUAUCCUCGUUUAAAAUAAUUUGACUUGAUUCACCUUGAGAUGCUGUACCAUAUCUUUUCUUUAAAGCGUUGUACCUCAAAAUUAACUGUGUUUAGAUCAUAGAAUAUUGACUGAAAUGGAGCUUUGAAUUUUAACAGAGAUUUGCACCCCAAAAAUGUUCUUCUUGACGAAGAAGGCCACAUCCUUCUCACUUACUUUGGUUCAUGGGAAGAAACAGAUCACAUUCCAGAUGAGACAGCAAUGAAUCACUUUUACUGUGCUCCAGGUAAUGAUCUUUUCAAUUGGUAAUAUUAUGAUGCUGACAUUAAACUUAGAUGUUAUUUUAAUUUAUGAAUGAUGUUUCACCAAGCCUUUAUUAAUUGACUCAAUAAUUAUGUUAAAUUACAUAUUUCAACAUGAUUAAAAAGAUUGGCAGCGUAAACAUACCCUUCUCCUUUGGAUGUCCAUCGACUUUUAACUAGGGAGAUAGAUACAGAUGUUUCAUACACUUAUGUGUUGUGCAUUUAUUUGAUAUGUAAAUGUAUCUGCUAUCAGUCUUUAGGAGGUUACAUCAAAUAUAAUUAAGUUAGGUAAUACAUUGCCAAGUCACUCAGACAGCUCCCAAGAGUUGUAAAGUUUUGAUCUCCUACAGUAAUUACAAGGCCAGGUGUCACAUGUAGAUUAUUUACGUCUUUUUGAAGCUUUUGGUGACUUUUUUUUAUAUUUUUUUGUCUUUCAUAAAACUAACAGAGAUAUGGCAAGUUGAUGAUGUAACUCCUGCUGCUGACUGGUGGAGUGUGGGUGCUCUGCUUUAUGAGAUAAUCACAGGGCAGGUAUGAGCUGGAUGUUUGUCUUUUUUGCAUGUAUUCGAUAUCUAUUUAAAUUUUGUGCUGUAACUGGAAGAAGAUCAUUCCAGAGAAGAAACCGUUAAGUUGAAAUUAGUUUGUCGAAAAGAGCAGAAGGGCAAGUUUAUCCUCAAUUGUUUUGUAUGGAGUAAUUGUUUCUCUUCUAUUACUGAAAGGGAAUUAGAGUCUGCUCUGUUGCUGAUCAACUUGAGGCUAAUCAUUCAGCACCAUGUAAACCCAUUGUUCAUUUGUGUAGCUUAUACUAAUGUUGAUUGUUAUUGAUACUCAUCGCAGGCACUGUCAACUGCACAUCCCUGGGGAAUAAGAACUCAUACUGAAUUACAUCUACCCAACAAAGUCUCUCCUGAGGCAAAAUCCCUUUUGAGAGAGGUGAGAGACAAAGAGUAAACUCUACUUGUAAACUUGUAAACUACUUCUACUCAUAAACUACUUCAGUCUACUUCUACUUCUACUUGUAAACUACUUCUACUUGUAACCUCUACUUCAAGGUUGAACUUGGAAUGCAUAUUUGUUAUUUCAAUGAGUUCUCUUUUGCUUUAUAGCUAUUAAUAGGGGCUCAUUACUUUGAUUUUCAAUGUGAUCAUUUUUACUUUCUUUUGUAGACCAGAUUAAACAUCCUUAAAUGGCUUCUAAAUGAUAUUAUGUUAUUUUUGUUUAUCCUCUUCAUCGGUGAAGAUUUUCCAAAUACACAUGACAGUUUUGAGGUGUCAAUUCCACAAAAAAGAUUUAAUUUUUAAUUUUUUAAUGUUACAGCUUCUGAGAGUCACACCAUCUGAAAGACUGGGUGAGUUCUGUUUGAGUUUUGCUACAUGUUAGUACUGUAGUAACACUGACACUCUUCAUAGAGUUUCAAAAGACUUUUUUGUUGACUUAUGUGACCCUUUCACUUCUAAAAGUAACUAGUAUCUAAACCUCCUUUCAAUAUCACCCCUGAAUCAAAUAUUAGGGUCACAAUUAACCCUUUGACUCCCAAGAUCUGAUUGUCAAUUCACCCCUCCAGCUAUUACAUAUUUCCUUUUAAAUUAGGUACAAGAAUUUGGUGUUAGAUCAAGAAAACAACUUCUACUUGAUAUGUUUGAGUAUUCUCAUUACCUGAUGGCUGGAUAAUGUAUGGAUAUUGCAGGGAGAAGUUAGAUAUUAAUCACUUCUGGGAAUUAAAGGUUUAAGAAUGAAGGAAGUGAUAGCAAAUUCAAGUAACUCUUGACUGCUAGACAAAUUCCUCGUCAGCAUCUCAAGAAAAUGUAUCGAGAACAGUAUAAAGAAUAUGCAUUGAGUACACCCAAUAUGAUAAAUAACAUUAAUUUUUUAACUAUUUGGUGUAGGUUCUGGUGUGAAUGGUGUCGAGGAGAUCAAGUCACACCCGUUCUUCAGUGGAGUCAACUGGACAUGGUUGUGUUCAAGAAUCAAUUAAAAAUAACUGAACCUGAAAAUAAUAAUUUUAAUUCAUAAUACAGAUUGAAAAAGAUGUAAUGAUAAGUGUAAAGUACCCAAUGAAAUGAAGAUAAAGAGUUCAAAUAAUCAAUUUGAAAUAAGAACUAUAUCAAAAUUUGAAAAUUUUUUACUGUGUAAUUAUGUGUACAGUAUUAAUGCACAAAAAGGUAUAAAUUGAAAUUAAGAAGCUCGAAAUUUACUAUCUUUCUUAUUCUGUAUACGCACAUGAUGUCUUUGAAAUUGUUGAUCCUAGCAGUACAGAGCAGCAUGCAGGACGUGUGUCACUUAUAAGGUUGCAAUGGCCUAACUUACCAUAGAGUCUCUGACUCAGUAGCAGAGCUUUGAAUACAAAGAUCUGAGUUUUAAUUCCUCAUGGGGACCCAGAAUUUUUCUUUUGCUACACACUCCUGACAUGACAAAAUAUUUCUUAAAAGUUUAUCUUUCUAGUUGCAAAUCUCCUCCUCAUUUUUUUUCUUUGAACACUAGUAUUAUAUUAGUAAAGAUGGCCUGCCAUCAUUUACUAGUGAUGGUUUUUUUCCAAAAAAAAAAGCAAUUUUUCAAUUUAACAUCAGGACAUUUUCAGAGAAAAGGGAUGAUGAGAAACUGAAAUGGCUGUGAAGGGAUGAUUGAUUUAAUUCAUAGAUUUAAGACCCAGAAUGUG